GUACUCUUGCAGUUGCAAGGCAUUUUCUCCAUUUCGUGGGCAGCCUCAUUCAAUCCAGGAUGAUGGGCCCUUCCCUGUUCCUUGCUGUUUCCAUUAUCAGCUACAAUGUUAUCACACCUGUGCUCAGCAAGCCACUGUCGAAAGGACAAAGAUCAAGGGUUCAUGAGGAAGUUGGCACUGCAAGACGUUUCCGCAGGGACCUCCAUGACUCUCUGCCAUAUGAGGCUGAAAUGAUGUCAUAUGCACCCCCUGAGCAGCUGCGAAAUGAAGUUUACUACCCUGAACUUAAUGAGGCUAUGUUGGCCCGAUUGGCUGACCUCCAGCAAAAUGAGAAGAUUGCCCAGGCUUUGGAGAGAGCAGGAUUUGGUGGGCAAGACCAGGUUCCAGAAAGAAUGCUGCAGAAUGGUGGGUGGGAGCCAGAUGAGCGAUUAAGCCAAGCCUUGCAAAAGAUGGUGGAAGAUGGCCAUCGGAGAGACCAGGAGGCCCAGUAUCUAGGCAACCUGCUGAGGCUGUGGAAUGACAUGACCCAAGGCAAAAUCUACUUGGAUCAGGCAGCUGUCUCUCAGAGGCCUUCUCCUCCAGAGAAUGACUUUCAAAGUCCUUAUCUUGACUAUGAUGAGACAGCUGCAGUGUCCAACAUGGUGAAGCCCCCCAUGACUAAAAGCCAGAUGAAUGCCCAGGCAGCCCAAGCUCUGCUGAACCGCUACAGGCAAGAAGGGAUGUACGAAGCUGCCCAACCACAACGUUUGAACACUGAAGAGCCUGAUGAAGAUGGAGAUGUAGAUGAAGAAGUCUUAAGGUAUCUGGUUGGCAGAAUCCUUACUGGUAUGGCUGAUUCUGGAGGUCAACGCCCACUGCAACGAGACUCAAUGCCCAGCAGACAAGAACCCUACCCUGUCCUUAAGCGAACAAGACGAUCAGUAGAUGAGGACCACCUUGACCAAGCUAACCUCCUACGUGUUAAGCGGCUAGGAGAUGGUGAUGAUGGCUACCCAGGGGAUCUUAUUCCACAUCAGGACCCUGCUUAUAAGUUCCAAGGUGGUCUUCAACGUAUGAAGAGAAUAGAUGACCAGCUGGAGGAGCCAAGCAAGUCAAUCAGAAGCAGACGAUAUGCAGCCUAUGACCAAGGUUCUCUGGCAGAGCGGGCCUUGAAGUACCUGCCUGAGUAAAAAUCAUGUAGCUUUCAACAUAUUUCCAAAUGUAUAUUGCACUUUGGUGUGUAUCAGUGAUCUGACCAUACCCACCUCUGUAUGAUGUGACUUUAUUACAUUGCUUUCAAGUAUUUUUGUGUAUACGUCAGAAAGACAGCCAAGGAUGGGCAAAAAAAAGGGAAAGAUAAAAAAGCAUGCAUAUACGAGUGAAAAUGAACGUGUGACACACACACACACACACACACACACACACACACACACACACACACACACACACACACACACACAUACACACACACUACAGAUCAUGUCUACCAUUUCUGAUUGCUCAUAAAUACAAAUUGGAUGGCUUGCUUAAAUAAGAUAUUUCUGCAAAACGGUUAGUUUGCAAAUGUGAAAUGGCAAGCUAACUCCACAAAUUAUUAGAAGUCAAUAGUAUAAAACUACUGUAAAAGUUUUGAAACAAUAAGAACACAAUUUUCAGUUUUUUCCAUAACAGUCCCUGACAGACAGGCUUAGACCAAAACUAUUUUAAAAAAAUCUCUCCUUAGAAAAUUCUGUAGAGGCUGGUAUUUUUAAUACACUUAAAAAAAUCACUGCCUAAUAGCUAUAUACAUUUUCUGUCUGAAAUGAGCUGUGAUACUCCACAGUAUGGACCCCAUCCUGGUAAACAGUGCAACAUUUACAAAACCAACAUCUCAAGUGCCAUUAUCAGUACCAUCAUUAGUAGCUUCUGUGAAGAACCAUGGCCCAAACCUGCUGGAAGUCUGACCACAGUGGCUUUCACUCUUUCAUUCUCCUCUUCCUAGUGAUGUCUCAGUCACAGGGUAAAUCUGUCCACAGUUGCACUCGCUCUUCCACAUUCAUCUUCCUAGUGAUCUGUCAGUCACAAGGCUGUGGCACGUCAGUCAUAUGUGUACAGGUGUGAGUAUGAGAAUGGCAAUAUAGUGCUGUUUUGUGCCACAGCAGUUUGAAUAAAUAAGAAACUUCAGCAACUGGGGGGUGGGGUAGUCAAUUGAGCAAAUAUUAUUUUUGUCUGUCAGUUAACACAGAGAAUUAAGACCCCGAGCUGCUAAUAAACUGCAUCCUGUAGUCAAGGGUGUAGGGUUUAAUUCCCUCCCCCUCCUUUUGCCAAAGGUGUGACACCGAGCAAGUCACUUAACUAGACAGUGCUUACUUGUUGCUCCUGAAAAGGGACAUUCUGUUCAAUGGGCUUACCCCAUCAGCAAGUAGAUAAGAUCUGGUUAGUUGCACUUGUUUGGGGCUGGCAUAAUGGUUAAAGUUUUAACUUCACAUACACAAAGUCCAUUAUUUGAGUCUCACCUUUGGAGGAAGCUUGGUUUGGCUUAUAAAAGUCUCCUGGGGUCACUCAUGUUUGCUGAAAAAAGAUAUAGAAAACAUUUUUUAAAUAUUCUGAAUGGUUGAUCUGGUAACAAAAACAUACAUUUCAGUGCACUUUUCUGGAGUCAAGAGGGAAGCUUUAAAAGGGUGCAUGUGAUGUUUCUGUUUAUUACACAUACACAUACUUGACAUUAUAUGAUCAGGUGAUGUGUACGGGUAAUAUAAUAUUUACCCAGAUACCACAUUAAAUAAAAGUUUAAUUAAAGUUAGUGGCCUUGUAGUUUAUGGUCUUGUUGACAACUUUCUAAAUUCUGCUGUGAUUAAAUGCCUUCCUGAUUUGAAUGCAGAGUAUGUUUAUAUACUUUAAUGAUUUCACUCUCUGUUUUUACACUUACACAAAAGAUAUAGGUAGGACAGAAUCAGAUAUAAUAUAUUAACUCAUAGUAAGUGCAAGUCACAGGUAAACCAAGCUGACAUUUUCAUUACUGAGAAUGUCUUUCUGGGCUGCUUCCUGAUUUAGCUUUAUGCACAGGGCAGACAUAUUAAAAUGUAGGAUUUUAUUUUUCAGAGAUGUUGUUUCUACCUGUUUAGUAAAGAUUGCUGAAUGGAAUCAUAAGAAUUGGUUACAAAAUAAUUGUCUCUAACAUGAUCCAUAGAAGGGUUUCCUUUUCAGUAGUUGUCUGCAAGCUCUUCUGCCAUAUUCUGUUUUUAUGGAGUCUGUGGAAGUCUAAUAGGACCUUUUUUAUUUAUAAAUUAUUUGUUUUUUUGUAAGUUUCUUCUUGCUAAUUCUAAUGGUUGCUAAGAAAUAUUGACUAGAAGUAUAGAUCUGUAAAAAUGACACUGUAGACUGAAGAGUGAAAAAGGUUAUCUUAUUUUAUGCAUAGUUUGCAGGAAUUAAUUAACUAUGCAAAUGUGAUUUGUGUUGAAGAUAGUGCAGCUGCCAGAUACAUUUUUUGAACUACCCGUCAUCAGCAUUCAGUCUUUAAAAUGAAUUGUCAUCUCUUGGGAGACAAUGAUCUGUAUAGACCUUUGGCCUUUAAUUUGGAACAAGCUGUUCAAACACACAUAACUAUUAACAUUAAGUGGUUGUACCCUUUAGUACUAUAGCAAUGAUAUGACAAAGAACAACCGUCCAAUAAACAGGUUAAAGUAGGAAUGCAUAGUGGUAACAGAAGAGGUAAAAUACAAAUGGCAUAAAAAAAAUAUAUAUAAAUAUAUAAAUAUAUAUAUAUACAAUAUGCAAGCUAUACUAAGAAAUAAAAUGAGUGUCUGAGCUCAGAGAAGAAAGGCUCAACUGACACUAUUAGUCUUAGGAACACAUAUUUCUCUUUUAAGAGCUUUCUGAUCUCAGUACUGUAUGACACAUAAAGCUGCACAUGGACACUAAUUUCCAGAAGCAGCAUUUAAAGCUAAAUCUGAAAAGUUUGAUGCAGUAAAUACCUAUUAGACGGCAUAGACAAUAAACUGACAUGGAGGAAAGAUUAAACCAAUGAGAAAUCUUUUUGUUUAUAUAGAUUAGAGAGAGAGGGAGACCGACAGACAGAUAAAUUAGUACAGCCUGGAAAACAAUUAGCUGUCUGUCUGAAACACAGAUUGUUAUACAUUUAUACAAAGUGACCAGCUCUUUGUAUCAGCCAUAUGCUGAUUAUCAUUUUGAAAAAGAUCCCCAGAGACCCCCUCCCCCCAUAUUUUCAUCAAUUGCAACUGCCGGUGUCACUUUCUAAGCAGAACGUAUUAUGUGUUCAAGGCAAUAGCAUGAAUGAGCUUGUCAAACUUAGCCAGCCCACACGAGUGGCUCUUCAUAAAUGACCAGCAGCUCCUAUGUAUGAGUACUGAGUGCCUUCUGUCCUUAAUAAGCUGAUCUUUUGUUCACUGUUGCUGUGACAUGGUAAGCAAUUAUUGUGAGUAGAUUUUCAAAAAAGUCCCUUCUUUUCUGCUAAUUCUGUUGGAGUUCAUGCAGUAAUCAUUUUGAUGUAGUCUUUAGUUCAGCAGUUUAUUUUCCAAGUCUGAGAUUAAAACUGGGGUUGUGGGCACAAUUACUAUGUUACUUCUGUUCCAAGUUUCACUCUGGGAGUGAAGCAGGAGAAGAUCCAUCAAAAGCGUGUUCAAAGUCACGGAGUCAGAGAGCGAAACUGCAGGCUGCACAACAUACAGACAUGCCAAUGGGACAGCUUCUUUUGUGUUCCUUCCCAGGCUUAACUACUAGGUGUUAUAUCAAAGAUUCCUAUCAACAGUUCAAUGCAACACAGCAAAAAGUAGUCCUUGACUGUUGUUUCAGACUUUUUCUGCAUAACUAAAAAUUACACUAUGCAGAGAGAGAGAGAGAGAGAGAGAGAGAGAGAGAGAGAAAGGAUAAAAGACAAACCAUGAUCUUGCACUUUUUGUGUGAUUACCACCUGACACCUACUAUGAUCACCUCAUUGGUUUUCAUGUCAUCAGGACUCAUCACUAAGCAGAAUGAUUUGACAUACCAAACUUGUGAUAUUUAACACAAAUUUAUUAAACAGGUCAGUCCUAGCACUAAGCCCUUUGACCUGCAACUGGUUACCUGCUUUUUUGCAGGGAUUUGCCCCCAUUACCCUCUACUUCUGUUAAACCAACCAGUUUCCUAUUUCGCUCAGAUAUAAGACUCCACUCAUAUCCUUUAAUAUCUAUACCAGACUCCUGAGAAAAUCUACAUUGUGCAGUGUUUUUAUUGUGAUUUUGUUUUAGCCAGUUAUUCAUCAGGUAUUAUUACCAGCUCUUUUAGCACCCAGAGAGGUUCAUCAGAUUGCUCAGAUGACUGAUCUCCUAAAGGUUCAUUGUGAUCUUUUUCUGAUGUAUCCUUAAGCAUUUUCUCAUCUAUUCACGUUCUCCUAUUCAUGCAUGCCCUGUCUUUGCAUAGUGGCACCCUGCUUUGUGCCCUUUGUAAAAACUGAGGUGACAAUUAAUCUAGCAUUUCUGUCUCAUUUCUUGAGACAUUUCUUCAUGUUUUCAGGUAACCCAUUAUUCUUAUGAGGCUUUCUAUAAUUCCUUAUGAAUCUGAAAACAUUUUUUUCCCCAUAAUAUCUUUCUGGUCAUUUCAUUUUCUAGGUAUCCCUUGACCUGUUUAUUGUCCUAGUAUCUCAUCUGUUGAAACACAGAUCUAAGUUACACCUCAGUUAAAGCCACAAUAGUCUACUCACGACACUGCAUUGUAUUUUGCUGGAAAUUAUUAUGUCACAGGCAUAGCUUGUGAUAUCAGGUAUAUACACAUACCAAAAAAUAAGUCUAGUAGACAGAAAUCAUCAUUACACAUUAAAUUAUGUCAUUUUUAAGAAAAAUGGAAGCUUUGUUUAGAAAUCAUUUGAAACAUGAGAUGGUAUGUAACUGAAUGUAUAUGAAAACAUAUGUAGUUCACAAGUUUCACUUUUUGCUUCUAACAGUACACUGGACUUGGAUUUGAUGUAUGUGUUCCUCCAUGAAAGAAAGGUAUAUAAUAUUGCAUUGUCAGCUUAGAAGAUUAUAGGGCUACAUUUCUCAGCAUUCACUGGUACGUGAAUUUACUAUCAAUCAAAAUGUGGUUGUCAGGUAACAUUGAAUACUUUCCUUGAUUUAUGUUUAUAAUCAGAAAACAUGCCUUAUUGGAAAAAACAUUAACAGGUCUACAUGGUUUCUAGUAAUGCAGUAUCAUCUUUCUUUAGGGCCUGCCUACUUUUGAUAGCUUUUCCAUCUUCAGGUUUGUGCAUAGAGUUGUUAUUGCAAUGCAAUCAGAAAUGACAAAAUGAAAAAAAAAUUGCCCAUCCUAUUUUGUCUCAGAAGAUAUUUUUGUGCUGUUUCAUUUAACUGUGUUUUGUGUGUCAAUAAAGUUGAACUGGUAUUUUAGCUGUA